UGUGACUCAACCCCAACCGCAAUUUCAGAUAUAAGGCAAUGGUCGAGGCGCGGAGUGUGAGUGUGUGACCGUGCUCAGGUUUUGUCUUGUGUCCUCCCCGAGUCCUUCGCUACGACAACGACCACCACUACCACCACCACCACCAUGCUGAGCAGCAUCAUCCUGAUGGUGCUGGUGGCGAGCACCGCAGCUGUGUCUCCUCCAGGGCCAACGUGUCGCCUGCGCCUGCGACAACCCAUGCCGCAACCGAUUUACAGGCCGCCGUAUCCUCCCUCUAAUUAUUACCCCUCGACCGGGGGCAUGUGGGUCUGCUACACGUCGUACGGAUACAGUGGCUCUGUCCCUUACCAAUAUGGCUAUCGUCCAGGCUAUUGGCCUUAUGGCGCCGCAGCCGCCGCACCCGUCGCAGCCGCCGCACCCGUCGCAGCCGCCGCACCUGUUGCAGCCGCAGCACCCGUCGCAGCAGCUGUACCUUACCCAAUUGCCGCACGAGUGGUAACCGCACCCGUCCCAGUCCCCGCACCCGUCGCACCAUACCCAUACUAUGGUGCUGUCGCUCAAACUCGGCCUGCUGCUCUCCCAUAUCCCUUCCCUGGAAGUCUUCCUGUCACGGUGAGGAGAGCGAGGAAGACGAGAAAUGCGGCGACCGACGAGGUUCAGCAACAACCCUCGUCUUCCAUCGCCAAGUAUUUACCGCAAGCAGAACACCUACCUUCCAUCACCAACUCCACACCACAAGCAGAUCACCCCUUGCCCUCCAUCAACGAUUUAAUACUAAAGGCAGAACAACCUUUGCCUUCCAUCGUCGAGGCCAUACCCCAGGCAGAACUACCCUUGCCUUCGUCCCCCGCCAGUGAACAGCCCUUGCUCGCAGCCAUCCAGUCGCCAAACACCGUCGCUGGGAAGCUUGCCGUGAGCGUGGUCUUCUCCACCAGCAACAGCUUCAUGCACAACUUUUUCACACACCAGCUGUACCCGGCUGUGCACGCCCUCGGCAUCCACCUCACCCUCGACCUGCUGCCUCACCCGGUACGUGGCACGCACCAAGGCCAGAAAAUUGAUGGAGGUUGCCAGCCCGGCUCCAGCAAAUGUCUUGGAAGCUCCCUGAUGGUCUGUGCUGCCGAGGCGCUGCCCCUCCCAACCGCACAACUUGCCUUCUCGGCGUGUUUCAUGAAGGGCACCCUCGGCCUGCAGGAUCAAAGCUAUCCCGCUGUUAUGAAUGCAGCCAAGACGUGCAUGGGUCCCUUCAGCGUCCUUAACUGGAUGCAGAUGGCAGGCUGCGUGUCGUCAGGACGAGGCGAGCAGCUAUUCGAUGCUGCUACCAAACGUCUCAACCUUCUCGUCCCUGGCCCACAAAACGUCCCCAUUGUGGCUUUCAAUCAGGAAGUGGUGAUAGCUGAUGCGAGCGCCCUGAAUCUCUUCCCAGCAUUGUUGUGUCAGCAGCUGAGCCAAGUCCCCGAGGCUAGUGCGUUCUGCUCCUACAACACUCUUUACUGAAAACUCCUCCCUGGGAGCACAUUCUCAAACGUCUCGGAGUCUGAUCUCGACUACUUUUAACAGGUUGUAGUGAAAGUAAGGUUUUCAAGGGUGUUGUGACGCAAGUGAUAGUCUCAAGAGGACUGGGCAUCACCAAUGUAUAAUUCACCUGAGAACGAAGACUUAUUUCCUCCAUGGCCUUUGAAAAGUUAUGAGGACUCGAAGCGCUUCAAAAUGAGCUCUGAAUUUUCAUCAUUUCUGGUAUUUGUUGAUUUUUGUAAAUACUAUACACCAAUAAUUGUUGAGGUGCCCCUCUACAAAACUUAGAUUUUUGCCUUCUUGUUCAUCAAAUAGCUCUCCAGACCUAGUCAAGUGGGAUUUUAAUACUCCAGACACACAAGGUUACAUUUAGCUCCUAUACAAACCUGGAAGACGCACUGGUUUGAAGGCGCUUCUCAUGCUAUUCAUCAAAUCCUGGAAGCCUUGCUUUAAGCUUGCUGCUGCAGCCUUUCCUGUCCAGAGAAGCCUUGAGUGUGUGUGCGAGUGUCAAGAAGCUCUCAUAAUAGAAAACAUCACCAAUCAUUACAGGUAAAUAAAAUGGCCAAUGAUGCUGCAACAAUUAUCAAUCAGCUUUACAAUAAUAUCUAAAAAGAGGAAGAAAAAACAAUGGCGACAAGGUGGUGAGUGGCAGCCGCCCAUCGUACACUCCAAGUCACGUCAGCGGGACAGAGUUCACUCCAAUUCUUUUGAUACAGCACUAGGUGUACAACAGCCAAGGUCUUCACUGUGCUGUAACCUUUUUGACAGCAAUAAAAAAUCUAAACAAU